AUGGAGGAUGGUAGUCUCAAGGUGGGUCUUGGCAGCCACCCUGAGUCUGCCCUGUCUGACACGGCCCUUAACGAGACUCCUGGAUUGGGGUCAUCCAAGGACACCUCAGCCAAUCAGGAAGAGGUUGAAUUGCAACCCCUUAUAUCCCACAUUUCCACAAUGGAUCGAGGAGAAUGUAUGGGCCACAUCUCCACACUACACGAUGAAGUUGAGAAGAUGUUUGAGAUUUCGCCUCGAUUUUGUAUUGACUCUCUUUCAAUAGGAGAGGUAUGCGUUGAUCAACACCGAUUUGGGGAGGAUGACUAUAAAAAUCACCGCCGAAUGUCGUUUCCCCAUGUCCACCACCCUCUGAAGUCUAUGCACAGCCGAUCUUUUAAAUCCAUGAAAGGUAUGAAAAGAAAAGCAAAAAAGAAGUUUCCUGGUGCAAGAAGCUUUCCUUCCAAAAUUGCAGCACAGUCUCCUGUCAUUCCUGAAGUAGACGUCGAAGAAUAUCAGGAGGAUAUUGAUUCUGAUGACGCUGACUUCGACAUGGCUUCCAGCAUGUACAGUGCUGACAUUCAGGGUUCUUCAACAGACAUUCCUGAACUACAAGUUGGCUUUUACAUUGGAGAAGGAGAUCGUGGAGGAGAAGUGGCUUCCUUGCAAGCUGAGUCGGAAGGGUCACCCCUGUUGAUGCGACAACCUUCCACUGAUUCCCAUGUGUCAUCCAGAUCAGUUGCCGCACAAAAGUUUCGACGUCAAGCAUCCGGAUCACCCGAGCCAACAUCUAUGUUUGAAAUGGAUGAGACGCCUCGGCCCUCGGAGCAGGCAGCUCAUCGCACAAUGUCUGUGGAGGGAAGUGUGGAUGAUCUGGUGAGCAGUCAGCCCUUGCUGAAGGUCAACUUUCAAUUAGGUGCUGAAGAAUCCACCCAUGAUGUUGAUGUGUGGGUGAAAAGAAAAGAAGAAGAACUUGAAAAAGAAAGUCUGAAGAAACGGUCACAUUCUCCAUCGCCUUCACGGUAA